GCCUUCCACUGCAUGUGCAGCCCAGAGCUGCUGUAACUCCACCUCGGAGCGGGCUCGCAUCCUCGCACAGAGAGGAGACCAUGGGAGGGACGGCUCGGGAGAGCCCGGAGGACUGCCGCUUUCUGGACGCAGAAGCUUCCAAGACGCGAAAGAAGACCUGUACCAGAUACCAGAUCUGCGGGCUGCUCUUCAGUGUGCUGCUCAUUUCUCUUAUUCUGAUAUUUCUUGGUGUCAAAUAUCUUUGGAACCCAACACCCAGAAAAGUUUAUGACAUGGAACACACAUUCUUCAGCCACGGCCAGAAGAAGAAGAUUGUGAUGGAGAUUGACCCACUGGCCAGGACAGAGACCUUCAGGAGCGGGAACGGCAGCGAGGAAAUCCUGGAGAUCCAUGACUUCAAAAACGGAAUAACUGGCAUCUUCUUUGUGGGACUUCAAAAAUGUUUCAUCAAAACUCAGACUAAAGUCCUACCUGAGACGACAGAGGCCAAGAUCCCUGAGCUUGAGGGAGAAGAGAUCACGACCACCUACUUUGAGCAGUCUGUGGUCUGGGUUCCUGGGGAAAAGCCCAUUCAGAACAAAGAGUUCCUGAAGAGCUCCAAAAUCUUUGACAUCUGCAGAAACGUGACCAUCUACUGGAUCCACCCCACGCCUAUAGCAGCUCCUGAGCUGGCCAACCUUGAAGGGACAGAAGACGAUGACCCUGAGCUGCUUCUAGACAACCAGAGCUGGCUGGAUGGGGAGAGCGAACACGAGGCAGAGAAGGAUGUGCAGCCAGGACCCAAGCGUCGGGCACGGCAGCUGACCGAGGAGGAUCUGCCUGUCAAUGACUACUCAGAGAACGGGCUGGAGUUCCACCCCUUGUGGGACGAGCGAGGCUACUGCUGUGCCCAGUGCCGCCGUGCCAACCGCUACUGCCGGCGGGUCUGCGAGCCCCUCCUGGGCUACUACCCCUACCCCUACUGCUACCAGGGCGGGAGGGUCAUCUGCCGGAUCAUCAUGCCCUGCAACUGGUGGAUUGCGCGGAUGCUGGGCAGGGUGUAGCCCCCACGGUGCAGCACCUAGCGCUUGGGUGCUUCCCCGUGCCCACCUGCCGCGUUGCCACCGAUCCAGAUUGUCCCGACAUAGCUGACACGCAGGUUAUCUGCUUGAUUGCUGGUGAGUGUGCAAGUGUGCAGACGAUGGCACCCUCACCAUGUGUGCACAGCCUGUCCCCCUCCCCCAGCACCCUGCGCUGCUCCCACGGGGUUGGGGGAGGCUGUGCUCGAAUGCAUCGUUGCCAUGCUGAGCAGCAAGAGGCAAACAAUAAACGUCUUGUAUGAGCGAUUGCAAAGAAAAUGGAAAGUUGUUUAGUCUCAGUCUGUGAUGCUUAAUGGGUCUGAGAAGUGAUCUAAUUGCUCGGCUGCCUCGUCACAAGCAUCCAUAACUCAGGUACCAGGACUGCUGGCGCUCACCUCGCUGGGAACGUGUGGAGGUCCCUAAUUUGCUCCCUGACAGUGCUGGUAGUUGUCCCAACCCUCUGUUCCAGCAUGCUCCGAUAUGUUCAGUAGUUACUAGUGACAGCUCAGGGGUGCCACCAGUCCCCUCAGGAGCAAUGUGCAGCACAGCAGCAUGCUGGCAAGGCAGAGGCAGGAGCAGGCACAAGGAGUCCCCCAGGGAAGUGGGCAGCCAAAGCCAGAGGGAGAGGAGGUGCAGAGGACCUCAAGUGACAUCAGCUGUCCCCAG